AACAUGCUUUAUUUUGAAAGCGCUCACCGGAAAUGCUCUAUGUCUCGACUUUGCUCCACAAGCCGCAGGACCUGAAGGUUGAUAGAGACUGUCGGACAGUGCUGUUGUUGUUGUUGUUGCUGUGAAUCUCUGACCAUCAGACUGAGAGCAGUUCCAGGUCCUCAGCAGCAUCAUGGCGUCUGAAGGCCCUGUGAUGAAUGGCGACAUUUCUCGCUCUCACAGUGAGUGCGGCACGCUGGAGGAAACGCUGCAGCAGAUGAACAUCCUUAUCCAGGAGAACCGGGACCUGAAAGAGGCCCUGCGGCAGACCAACCUUACGAUGAAGGAGCGUUUCGAGGGUCUGUCUGCUUGGCGGGAGAAGCAGCGGGAGGAACGGGACUUCCUGGAGUGCAAACUGGAGGAGGCUCGGGGUCGCAUGGAGGCUCUGACCGCCCAGAACCAGGAGCUGAACAAGAAAAAGGGAGAGGAGGGGGGGACAGGAGGUGGUCACCUGGCUGCGUCUUCCAAUCACAGUGCAGAGCUGGAUGCCCUGCGUGCCCAGGUUGCUCGCCUACAGGCAGAGAAGAACGACCUGGUGGCCAUGAACUCUGAACUGCAGCUGAAGGCCGAGCAGGACUCGCAGGACUCCUUCAUUGAGGUUUACAAAGUCUCGGAUGGAGGUGUGGACGGCUUGAACACUGUGUGUGGUUUGGAGCGCAGCAGACACUCAGAGCUGAGCAUGACGGGGUCCCGACUGGAAGGCGAGGAGACGACCGUCAGCCAGCUGCUGCAGUCUCUGAGGGACGAGACGCAGCGGGCUGAGGGGCUGCAGACCCAGCUUCAGUCUGCUUCUGCCAGAAUAAAGGAGCUAGAGGAGAGGAAGUCUAAUGUGGAUGAAUCAACACAGACCAGCCAAGCAGAGGCUACAGACACCAAGCAGGAUUCUGGGAAAGAAGAAAAGGCAGCAUCUGAGGUGGAGAACAUGAAGUCUCAGAUGAUGACGCUGUUUAAAGAACUGCAGCAGGCCCAGAGCAAGCUGGAUGAAGCAGAAGGCAUGAAGAAGAACCUGCAGGACAGAUGUCGGGAGGUGGAGCAGGACGUGGUCACUCUGAAGGCUCAGCUGGCCGAUAAACAGGAAGUCUUGUCUGAAAACGAUCGGCUGAAGCUGCAGGUGGACAGCAUGCAGGCUCAGAACCAGCUGGAGCAGAGGAAGACAGGAGAGGAGAAGAACAACUUGACCCUUCUGAAGGAUGCAUACACCAAGCUGUUUGAAGACUACAAUGAACUAAAAGAGGAGAAGAAGAAGAGGGAGUCUAAGCUGGUGCCGAAGGAGGUGGCGGAGCAGCUGCAGGAACGUCUGACUGCCGCUGAAGAGGCCCUGGCUGCCAAACAGACCCACAUCGAUCACAUGAAGCAGGAAAUGUUCAAAAAGGAGGAGGAGCUGGGCACCAUUUCCGUGUUCAAGGCUCAGGCUGAGGUCUACUCCUCGGACUUCUACGCAGAGCGGGAAGCGAGGGAGAAACUCCACGAAGAGAGGGAGCGUCUGGCAGCUCAGCUGGAGUAUGUUAAGAAGCAGAACAACCAGCUGCAGGAGGAGAUGGACUCCAUGGGCAGACGCUCACUGACCGAGAUGCAGAAGAGACACAUGUCACUGGGAGGAAAUUCACAGGGACCCGCCGCCUCUCUGGUUGGGAGAGGUACGGACUGGCAGCAUCAGGGAAAUAUUCCCGAACACGCGUGUCCCAAGUGCAAUGAGGUCCUGCCAGACCUGGACUCCCUGCAGAUCCACAUCAUGGACUGCAUCAUCUAGAAAACCACCAUUACAAGCUUCAACAAUAAUCUGAGUCUUCCUCCUCUUUAUCUGUACUUCUUCUCAGAUCCCUGAGACUUGGUCACACUGGGCCUCAUUCACCAAUAUCUUCCCAAGUUUGUUCCAAAGAAAAGUUUCAUGUUGUGUUCUGAACCUGGAGAAUUUUUCAUAAUGAUCCUGUUUGUCUUCACAUUCUGAAGGUGCAUGCCAGUUGAUCUUGAUAAACAGGUAAACGCCCCAUAAAGAGUUCCAGACUGCAGGGCCAUGUGUGUGGAAACUGAACACUCUUCAGUUUCUGUUUUAGUGAAGAGAGAAGGCAAGACUAUCCAGACUAAAGUCUAAAGAGAUUCUACAGGAAGGGGGCGCCAGACAAGCUUAUAUGUCGCCUGUGGUGAAAAACAAAGAAUGAGGCCCUAUCACUCUGGUACAGCAACACAACUUAAUUUAAAUAUAAUUGAGGGUUGCUUAUAAAGAUUUGGACUAUAACAAACUACUAGGUUUUGUUUUGCUUUUGUCUUUGACACAAUCCGUUAAUGACUGUGAUGACUGGUAUGAAGCUGUAGAUGAACAUCUCCAACCCUUUGGUAAGAUUUGAGCAAUGAGCUGUCUGUAAUGCACACUUUACAGUUUGUAUUGGUUAACCAAGUAUUUGGUUGCAGAAGGCUAUUUUUUUGUAUUGUCUUGUUAUGAAAAUCUUAAUCUUUGUUGUUUCCUUUGAGAGGACAUUUUAGCAAAUGGCUGUGGUUGAUGGUUGUGGGAAACAGCACGAAACAUAUAGGCACUUUAUUAUAAAGAAAUGUACCCGUUAUUAUAUUUUGAUGUAGUUAACUUGUUAAUAUGGUAUGUCUAUGAGCACGAUGCUCCAAUACCCUGCUGAUUAUAAGAGAUUUAUGAUUCUAUGUUGUAAUUAUCUCAAAGAAAAUAAAAUGAUAUGCAAGUUUC